UCAAUUGCCCCCAGGAUUCUAUCUCUGGGACUUUGAAGACGGCAGAGCUGAUACAUGGCUGUGGGAAGGAACAUUAGCAUGGUGACCAAUUUCAUCCUUUUGGGAUUUUUAGAGCACCCCAAGCUGCAGAUUGUCCUUUUCCUGUUGUUUCUGGGGAUCUACCUGGUGACCAUGGCUGGAAACCUGGGCCUCAUUGUCCUGAUCAGGACGGACUCACACCUCCACUCCCCCAUGUACUUCUUUCUUAGUAACCUGUCCUUUGUUGAUGUCUCAUACACUUCCUCCAUAGCCCCUAAGAUGCUCUGUGAUUUCUUUAGGGAGCAGAAGACUAUCUCCUUUGUAGGCUGUGCUACACAGCUUUUCUUCUUUAUUGGAAUGGGAGGCACUGAAUGCUGUCUCCUGGCAGCCAUGGCAUAUGACAGAUAUGCUGCUAUCUCCAAUCCUCUACUCUAUCCAUCCCUCAUGUCACCCACCAUCUGUGUGGGGAUGGCUAUCACAGCAUACACAGGAGGGUUCCUCACUGGGUUGGUCCAAACCAGCUCCAUAUUCCAGCUUCAUUUCUGUGGGUCUCGGGUCAUUAACCAUUUUUUCUGUGAUUUGCCACCCCUGAUGUCCUUGUCUUGCUCUAGUACUUUUUUUAGCCAAGUAGUGAACUUCCUGGUCGUGUGUGCAGUUGGUGGGACAUCAGCCCUGGUUGUCCUGGUCUCCUAUGGCUACAUCAUUGCUGCUGUCAUGAAGAUUCAUUCAAUUCAUGGGCGGAUGAAGGCUUUCAACACCUGUGCCUCUCAUCUAACUACAGUGGUUCUUUUCUAUGGCUCUGGUCUCUUCUCAUACCUCCAUUCUAAUACUGGCUACUCACAGGACAAAAAUAAGGUGGUGUCCAUGUUCUAUGGUGCAGUGAUACCCAUGUUGAACCCUAUCAUCUACAGCCUAAGAAACAAGGAGAUCAAAGAAGCAUUGAAGAAACUCAAGGAGAGAAAGAAGCGGAUGUCCUGUCUCCGUGCUAUAAUUUCUUAGGUAUAAACAGAAGAAAAAACAACUUAAGCCUUUUGUUAAAUAUAAAUAAUAAAAUAAUAGUGUGGCUCAGA